UUGACAUUAUUAAUUUCGUUAUGUCCAAAAUUUAAGUUGGUUUUCGAUUUAUUUCAAUAAAUUAUAAUUAAUAAAAAUUUUAAGUUCGUAAAUUUAUUAUAAAUUUGUGGUAGAUUGACGAUUGAAAUGGCUUUGGAUAAGCAAAGGAUUUUGAACGAACUAGGAAGUGUUGUUAAUCAACUGCAAAGCGCUGACUGCGGGUGUAUGGGAAAAUUAUUUUCAAAUCCUGGCAACCCAAACUGUAACGGCAAUUUUCAAAAUGCACCUGUGAACCCAGCACCCGGUGGUUGCAUGGGAGGCUGUCACCAAGGACAUGGCUGGGGACAUGGAUGUCACGGGUAUAAUGCACCAGGAUCAGGGGAACCAUUUUCUGGUAACAGAAAUUGUGGAGGAUUUUGCAAUCCACCGAAACUCUAUGCCGACACUUAUAACUAUUUAAAUCAUAACUUAAUGCAACCAGUCGUCAAAGAAGUUUACGAUGAUCUCAAAUCGAUAACACCAGGAAAUACAAUGAUGAACAGCCCGGUGGCUGCUCAAAUGGGUUUGAGACCGGCUGGUAAUCCAAACCCAAUGGUACCAGGCUCCAUGGGAGGUGGUAUGGGAAAUACACCUCCUAAUUAUAUGUCUCCAGGAAUGGGAACUGCUAAUAAUCCAUCGAAUCAUCAUCAUGCACCAAAUGUUCGUUUUGGUAAUCCCAAUAUGGACAAUAAUCCCAUGCACAUGGGUAAUGCAAAUGGGCUGCAGGGACAGAAAAUGGGGCAACGGUCUCAACCUAUGGGUGGAGUAGGUCAAAAUAUGGGUGGAAUGGGAGCUAAUAUUGUUAAUAUGAUGCUGAGUGAUUCAAAACCAAGGAAUUUCCCUAAUCAGGGUAACGUUCAACAAGGAGGUAUGGGCAACGUUCCUCCGCAAGAAAUGAAUAUGACUCCAAAUAUAAAUGGUAACCAAGGGCAGUACAAUUCGGGAAUGUCUGGUAGUCCGGGGCAGUUUAAUAACAUGAUGCAAGGAAGUCCAGGAGGUCAAAUACAAAGUCCAAAUACUCAAUACAUGUCUCAGCCGAAUAUGUUCGCUAGCGCCAAAGCAAACCUACAAGGAAACCCAACGAAUGGGAAUGUUAAUCAAAUGAAUGUUUAUGGUCAGCAUAGUGCGGGUAUAGCUAAGUUUAAUGAAAUGUUCCCAGGGGUAAUGCAAGGUGGAGAUCUUGGAUUUGAUCCAAUGGCAAUUGCUAUUCAGAUGAAUCCAGCGAACCAGCAAAGGGCUGCUAUGGAUACUAUGCAGAAAAUGAUGAUGAGUAAUGGUGGUAACAAAGUAAAUCCUUCAUUAUUACAACCUGUUAUCAACGCCACAAACGCGGCGUUGACUAAUUUAACACAGCCACCAGAUAAUCAAGCUCCUAAUCAACAAAAUAAACUUCCUUCUACUGCUCAGCAACCUGGUGGUAAUGUUGGACUAGGAGCAGCUCAAAACCAGCAAGUGUAUACUGCUCUUACUGGUGCUCCAACAAUAAAUCAGCAACAGGUACCUCAGGGACAAGUACCCUCGCAACAAUAUCAGGUACCUCAGGGACAAGUACCCUCGCAACAAUAUCAGGGGCAAUAUCAACAACAACAACAGCAGCAAAUGGUGGAUCCUAACACAGGAGCGCCUGUGUCUGGUACUCUUCCGACAGUAUAUGAAAAUUCAGAGGACCUUAAGGCGAGUCCAGAAGGCUCACCGCCAACUACAAAUCAAAUGAUUAAAGAGCCUAUACUUCCCGCGGAUACUUCUAGAAAUAUGCCACCUGCUAAUAUGAAUGCAAAGUUCGAAAAAUCUUACCACUACAAUACUUUGGGUCAACCAGUUGAAAUGCUUCCGGCAGAUCCCUAUCGUUUUCAAGAACCAAGUUUGCCGCAAACUUUGUCACCUCAACCGACUACUAGAAGUGAUCCGGGUAGAUAUAGCAAUGUAAAGUCCACUGUGAGCAAAACUUCCCUAAUGGGAAAUCGUCCUGUUGGUAAAACUCCAAGUAAGAGUCAGCUACAACGCAUUUACAAUCAAUAUAAAGGCUCCCAUUCAUACACGCAGCAGAACAUUAAACCCCCUGAUAAUGCAAAUUCUCAUUCUGAUGGUCAUCUCAAUAUUUCCAAAACUAAUAAUAAUCGUCAAGCCCCUAUUGAAAAGGUGGGAGGAGAUAGCGCUGCAAAUAAUAAUAUGAGUGCGAGCGAUAAUGCGGCUGGGUUAAAGCCGGGUCAAGUUGGAGAUAUUCCUGUUUCCAACAAACCCCCUGCUGAUACCGAAAAGACACCAGCAAAUCAUUCAAAAGUUCGGAACGGCCUACAAGAUCAGACCUUUACGACUUAUGCUUCAGCUGCUUGGUCUUUCCAUGGAGCUACUCCUGCGCCAUAUAUUCCUUAUGCAUAUCGUUAUCGAAACAAAGCUUAAUAAUUUGCUGGCGAAAAAUGUAAUUUAUUAUUAUUGGCUAUUCUUCUUAAUGUGAAUUGUUUGUUUUGCUAAAGU